UCCCACAAUCCACUASCAGAACAAUCAAAAUGGCGGACAGAGAGAGAUUUAGAACGGGGUAAUAUUUUGAGGAGAUAAAACAAAGAUUUCAUCUCUGCUUUUUUCCAAUCUGAAGACUGAAGAUAACAGAAUAAACUAUUCCGUUGUAAUCAAGCUAAUUUCCUGCCAUGGAUAAARGUUCAGGUGACACUGUGUCGAAAUGUAGAGAUGAUUUUUUACGAGAGAAACAUAUCAAGUUUUUUCAAAGAUGUUUAGCUGUUUUGCCUUCAGAGUAUGCUUCUCUUGACACAAGCAGAGUGACUGUGGCAUUUUUUGCCUUAUCGGCACUUGAUGUUCUCAAUGCAUUGGAUGUUAUUGGACAUGACAAACAAGAUAUCAUUAAUUGGAUAUACACCAAUCAGGUUUUGCCUACAAAAGAUGGAAGAAACAAGUCAAAAUGUGGUUUCAGAGGUUCGCCAAUGACAGGAUCAAAUUUGAAGGAACCKGAGAGUGUUUGUGAAUAUGAAUGUGGUCAUAUAGCCAUGACAUAUACAGCUUUAGCAAUGCUUCUUAUCCUUGGAGAUGAYUUGUCACGCGUCAACAAGAAAGCUAUAGUAGAAGGACUCAGUCAUUUACAACUGGAUGAUGGGAGCUUUUGUCCUACUUAUGGAGGAAGUGAAAAUGAUAUGCGUUUUAUAUACUGUGCGUCGUGUAUUAGUUACAUACUCAAUGACUGGAGUGGGGUCAAUGUAGAGAAAGCAGUAGGUUACAUUACCAACAGUCAGUCUUAUGAUUUUGGAAUUGCUCAAGGUCCUAAUUUAGAAUCUCAUGGUGGCUCAACAUUCUGUGCAAUAGCCUCACUAUAUCUAAUGGGCCGCCUACAAACCGAGUUCUCAAAGGAUGAUUUAAACAAGAUAAAAAGGUGGUGUUUAUUUAGGCAGAAAUCCGGUUUCCAAGGGCGACCAAAUAAACCUGUUGAUACUUGCUAUGCAUUCUGGGUAGGAGCAUCUCUUAAGAUUCUAAAUUCCUUUGACAUGAUUGAUUUUGCGGCUAAUCGUGAUUAUCUCAUGCAAACACAAGCUAACGUCACUGGMGGAUUCUCCAAAUGGCCUGGGAAUCACCCUGAUGCAUUACAUUCUUACUUUGGUAUCUGUGGAUUGUCUUUGAUGAAAGAAAGUGGCCUUCUACCUAUUCAUGCAGCUCUCAACAUAUCUCAAAGAGCAGCAGAUCAUCUUCAYAGAAUUCAUGAAACUUCAAGCUGACAGAUACACCUAGACUAUCACACAUAGAGAAAAUAGGGUAUAAAGAAAUGUUACACACUGGGGAGGGGAGGGGCAUUUAGUUUUCACA